GCUACAAAGUGAGAGCAUCCUGAAUUUCUCCCGUUGCGGGCGGAACAAAUCAAGUCUCCUGCUGUUUAAAGUAGAACUGUGCAUGGACAUUUCAGUCAUUUCAAAUAACAAACGGGACAGCCAUGUGGAAAAUGCUGCCAAUCCUCAGUCAAGUCAGUGGAAAGGAAGCAGAGAUCCACAAGGGAUGUUGUAACCACCAGUUCAAGUGUUGUACUAGUCAUUAAACAAAAAUAGUGAUUUAACUGCCUUCUGGGAAGACAUUCUUUGCCCUCUGCCUUUUUUAAUUGAACUGUGAAUCGACCACGACCACGACCACGGCAAUCCCAACUGAACUCAGCCUGCCAGAAGGACGUAUUGCGCAUGUACGGGGACAAAGUACGCUGUCAAGUUUUAUUCAUGCAUUUCAAUGUCCGGAAUUCGUAGGUAAAAGAUGAAAUUACGAGAUAAAAAGUUGAAAUUAUGAUAAUAAAAAGUCAGAAUUAUGAGAUAAAACAUGAGAUAAAAAAGUUGAAAUUACGGGAAAAAAGUCACAAUGUCUAAAUUAGGAAAUAAAAAGUCAGAAUUAUGAGAUUAAAAAGUUGAAAUUACAAAAUAAAGUCGAAAUUCGGAGAUAAAAACUCAUAAUUAUGAGAUGUUAAAAAAUCACAAUUAUGAGAAAGGAAAGUCAUAAUAUUGAGAUAAAAAAAUCGAAAUACAAGAUAAAAAGUCAUAUAAUGUUUAAAUUAUUAAAUGAAAAGUCAGAAUUAUGAGGUAAAAAAUUGAAAUUACAAGAUAAAACAUCGAAAUUCUGAAAGAAAAAGUCAAAAUUGCAAGAUAAAGUGAAAUUAUUAGAUUAAAAAGUCAUAAUUUUGAGAUAAAAUGUCAAAAUUACUAGGUAAAGUCGAAAUAAUGUGGUAAAACGUCAUCAUUCUGAGAAAAAUCAUAAUUGAGAGUCAUAAUUAUGAGAUAUAAAGUAAUGAUUAUAAGAUAAAAAAUCAAAAUUAUGAGAUAAGUCAUCAUUAUGAAAUAAUUAUUUCAUAAUUAGGAAAUAAAAAUCGAAAUUACGAGAAAAAAGUCAUAAUGUCUAAAUUAUGAAAUAAGUCAGAAUUAUGAGCUAAAAAAUGAAAAUACAAGAUAAAGUCGAAAUUAUGAGAUAAAACGUCAUAAUUAUGAGAUUCAAAAUAUCUAAAUUACGAGAUAAAAAAUCUGAGAUUUUUAAAAAUCAAAAUUAUGAGAUAAAGUCAUAAGUAGGAGAUAAAAAGUCAUAAUGAGAUUUUUUAAAAAUCUGAAUUAGGAGAAAAGUCAUAAUUAGGAGAUAAAAAGUCGAAAUUAUGAAAUAGAAAGUCCCGAAUUGUGAGAUUUAAAAAAAUCGAAAUUAAAAAAUUAAAUCGAAAUUAUAAUGCUUCAGGUGUGUGCGGCAAUCCCAAUUGAACGCAAUCUGCCAGAGGGACGUACUGCGCAUGCGUGCGCCGCCCAUAGUUUUAGAAACGUAUCUACGGGAAGUUCUUGGUGACAAAAUACAUUGUUCGGUGUGAUGUAUACAUUUGAAUGUGCGUCAUUGUGCAAAUGAAUGUUUUAUUCAUUUUGGGUAGCUCCGGAGCUGGGGUUCCACCGUAAAGAAAUGUGUCUGUCGCACGGGACGUCACUUCCGCCAGAUGCCGUCUCGAUUUGGGUCAAUGGGCCUCAUUCACAAACAUCUUCUUAAAAGUCUUCUUAAGAAGUGUACUUAAGAAGGCGCGGGUUGGAAACUGCGCCACAUUCACGACACGUUCUUAAGUAGGGAUAAUCGUUCGCACCGGUGUUCUUAGGUUGAUGAAUGCCAACUGCGAUGCCCGUGCAUGUGAGCCCUAAUUUGCAUAGGUCACCGCCUAUUAUUUCCCAUAUAAGGUAAAAAAUGUGCGGUGCGCAACAGGCAGCUGGAGGCGGAGAUGGCAACGCGCAAGGGCAAGACUGAGGAGCAGCUGGACAACAAACGAAAGAAAAAGUUCAAUUCUACUGAAAUAGAGGUGCUUUUACAAGGAGUGAGCGAACACAAGACCACCUUAUUUUCACGUGUAUCCACCGGUCAUCAGGCCAUCCAAAAAGAGUCGGCAUGGAGCACCAUUGCAGGAAACAUAAAUGCCGUUUCCACGGAGAAACGCGCCACCGCAGAGGUUAAAAAGAAGUGUUUUGACUUAAAAUAGACUCAAAAAAAGAUUGGACUGCACCGGAGGGAUCUGGAGGAAACGGGAGGUGGGCCAUCAAUCAGAAACCAAACCAUUUCGGAAACUCUAGAAAAUAUUUCCACAAUCAUGAUGGACAAAUAAAGUCAAAAUACAUAGUUUGUGUGUGACAAUGUAUUUUUUCUGUGGUUACAUUUGAUUAGACGCUGCCUAAUUAAUACAGCAGCCCCGUGCUCUGGCUCAAGACGUGGCUGGGGGCGCAUGUCGUUAUCUGGGGGUGCUCGUGCGCAAUAGACACACCACGUUUCAUUGCGAUGUUAUGCAAGACGCAGCAGGCCAUUACGAUCCUGCACACCUGCAAGAACAGAGAAUCAAUGAUUUAUCCAGUUGGCCAAAUAAAACAUAUUUGCAAUGGAGAAUUCCUGGAUUAAUGAGAGCCUUCACAAAGAAUCAGAAUGUUUGCCUCUUAUUUUUUUGUCAUUCCAGAGCAUAAAUAAACUAAAACCUAAUAUUAAAUACUACAAAACUUACUGUACCUUUUCUGGUUUGUAGAGCAGCCUUCCACCUGCAGUGUCCAAACACAUCCAGCGUCCCUUGAGUACACCGAUGGUGCGCUCCACGCAGGAGCAUGUACGUGUGUGCUUUUGGUUGUACGUUUAUUCUUGUGGGGUCUGCAGAUUAUUCAAUGGUGUCAUGAGCCAAGGAGCCAGGGCAUAGCCUCGAUCACCUGUAAAAUAAGUUAAUGGUCACAUAACAACAUGCAAAAGGCAAGAGAUUAACAUUUUACGCACCGAUUAACCAUCCGUCACAUGCUGCGCCACGACUCAGGCGCAUUCCAACGGAGGAAUUUCGGAAAAUGUAGGAGUCGUGUGUACCUCCGGGGAAACUUGCAAGAACAUUCAGAAGGAUGUGUUGCGAAUCUGAGAUUAUUUGGAUAUUAAUUGAGCGAUACCGUUUGCGAUUGAGGUAGGGAAAUGGAUGAAGGAAUUGGGAUUUGAAUAUAUAUUUAUCGAUGGAGUGUAUUUUAGUUGUUUUGAUGAUAAAUAAUUGUUGUGAUAUUUUAUUUGCACUACAUUUUUUGGGAUCAGGUUGCAAAAUCCAUCAUGAGGGCGAUUGUGCAUUGAAAGUGCAAGCUUUGCUUGUGCGUAAGAGUCCUCCUGAGCGUUCGUAGAAUUUGUUCUUAGAUUUAAGAACUGUGAGUUGAGAACACGUUUCGUGAAUGCCAAAAAUCUUCGUAAGAAGGCUUUAAGAACACAUUUGUGCGUAAGAACGUUUCAUGAAUGAGGCCCAACGUUCUUUUUAAAAUUACGUGUGAGACAGCCGUACGACAAAUGCUGCCAUCUUCAGUCAAGUUGGUGAUCGAGGCUAUGCCCUGGCUCCUUGGCUCAUGACACCAUUGAAUAAUCUGCAGACCCCACAAGAAUAAACGUACAACCAAAAGCACACACGUACAUGCUCCUGCGUGGAGCGCACCAUCGGUGUACUCAAGGGACGCUGGAUGUGUUUGGACACUGCAGGUGGAAGGCUGCUCUACAAACCAGAAAAGACGACUACAAGCUGAUUGGUGGUCAAGAGGAACGUCACCCUCAGUUUCAGGAGGGGAGCUCCACUUUGCAGCAGGAGCCCCCCCGCGUUGAAGAGGAAGAGGAGGAGCCACAGCCUCCCCGCAUUAAAGAGGAGGAGAAGGAACUCUGGACCACUCAGGAGGGAGUGUGUCUUCCAGGGCUGGAGGAGGCUGAUCUCACCAAGUUGCCACUGACUGGUGUCUCUGUGAAGACUGAAGGCCUUGAAGACAAACCACCUGAGUCCUCACAGCUUCAUCACAGUCUAAGUGAGAAGAACAGAGGGGCGGAGACUCCAAGCAGCAGCAGCUCACUGCAGCACAUGACAACAGAAGCUGAUGGAGACCACUGUGGAGGAUCACAAGCUCCGCUGUCAGUCACGUCACACUCUCCUGAGGAUGAAGACAGGGACCACACCCAAGGACCUCUGAGCAGCGAUACAGACUGUGAAGGCGAUGCGAGGACUCACACUGACGAUGCACAAUCUGAAUGCCCUAAUAAGGGGGCGGUUAAAGAACGCUUUAUUUGCGCAGUUUGCGGUGAAAGUUAUUCUUAUAAGAGCGCUUUGACUCGACACACACGGACACACACAGGAGAGAGACCGUUCUGUUGCUCAGUCUGUGGCAUAAGACUCUCUCAGAAGUGGGAUUUGACUCAACACAUGCGGACGCACACGGGUGAGAAACCCUUCGGCUGCUCAGUUUGUGGCGAAAGAUUCUCUCGAAAGACGAACUUGACAACACACGCGAGAACACACAGCGGGACGAGACCUUAUGGUUGUUCGGUUUGCAGCGAGAGAUUCUCUCAUAAGAGCAAUUUGACUCGACACACGCGGACGCACAGUGGAGAAAAACCCUUUGGUUGCUCAGUUUGUGGCGAAAGAUUUAUUUGUAAGUCUGUAUUGAUUGCGCACAAAGCCGCGCACACUGGAGAAAAACCUUUUAGUUGUUCACUUUGUGGGGAUACAUUUGCUCACAAGACCACUUUGAAUCGACACACGAGAUCGCACACUGGAGAUAAACCCUUUGUUUGCUCCGUUUGCGGUGCGAGAUUGUCUCAUAAGUGGGAUUUGACUCGACACAUGCGGACACACACGGGAGAAAAACCCUUUAAGUGCUCGGAUUGUGGGAAACAAUUCUCUCAAAAGAAGUACAUGUCGGCACACCGUACAACGCACACAGGAGAAAAACCUUUCAGUUGUUCAAUGUGCGGCAAGCUCUAUUCUCAAAAGUCCAAUAUGUUGGCGCACAAGAGAACACACGCUGGAGAAAACCCCUUAAAGUGCUCAGUUUGUGGCGAGAAAUUUGCUGAAAGUCCUUCCUUGAGCGUACAUAUGGAAACGCACAAAGAACAGAAAGCUUUCUGUUGUUCAGUCUGUGGUAAAGGAUUCUCUCGAAAGGCAUAUGUGAUGUCGCACAUGCGGACACACACGGGAGAAAAGCCUUUCACUUGCUCCGUUUGUGAUAAAAGAUUUACCCAAAAGGUGCACUUGCUCUCACACAUGAAAACACACACAGGAGAAAAACCAUACUCUUGUUCACUUUGUGCAAAAAAAUUCACGUGGCGUGCCACUUUCAUAGCACACAUGCACACGCACCACAAAUAACCUUUUUCUCGGACAAUUUGUGCAAAAAAUAUAUAUAUAUACAGUCAAACUUGUCUAUAGCGGCCACUAGAGGGAGUCUGCAAAAGUGGCCGCUAUAGACAGGUUGGCGUCCAGUUUGAAUGUUGACCAGUAGAGGAAAAAAAGGGAAAAAAAUAAUAAUCAUAAUGUUGACCAGUAGAGGGCACUGCGGACUGCUGAUAAAACUUGUACAGCACUACUAGGCUUGUUAUUUUUGUUGUAGCGUCGCUGGGAGCACGUCCUGUUCCCAGCCUACUUUGUGGUACUGUUUUGGUGCAAAUGCUCUUAAAGUUACAUGUUUGACCAGGAAAUAGCAAGCUCAAAAGAAGACGGCUUUUUUAUGUGGAACAACUGACAGUUUGUGUGGAUCUUGUGAAUGAUUGUGACUGAGCUAGGACUCAGUAAUUAAAGUCUACACACAACGCCUUCAUUGAUUGGAAAAACAAAACUUUUUCGUGCAUGAAGCUUCUACUUGAGUUGAUAAUUUGGCUGCUAUAUGCGGUCAGAUAUUGACCAAGGGAGACAAAAUGGGUGGCCGCUGGCCGCGUUGGACAGGUGACUGCUAUACACAGGGUCUAUAACAUGUAAAUUUGCUGCAGGGGAUUUUUCAGUGGCUGCUAUAGGCAGGUGGCUGUUCUAUAAAGGUGGCCGUUAAGACAGGUUUGACUGUAUUUGUGUCUGUGUAUGCUCUCAGUCGUACAGGAGUUGUCCAUCGAGGGAAAGGCUUCUUGAGACGUCAUCUGUACUUCUGUGAAGAAGAUGUCGGACGUUUCGCUCCUCAUCCGAAGAGCUGCAACGUCUGAAUUUUUUUAUUCAAAUAAAUAUUGUGAUUGAUAUGUUAUAUGUAGCCAUCUUUAAAUGGUAUGGCUAUUUAGCAAACAGAUGUAGCUUAACUAUGUAAACAUUUGGUGUGCCUAGUCUGAAUAAUCUCUGAGUAAUUGAGAGUAAUGUAAAAAGUGUUGCAACGGU